AUGGAUGGAUUGACAUGGCUAAUUGUGUCUUGGCUUAUAGUAGGCGUACUAUGCUAUUUUAUGCUUACUAAAGUUGGUGCACCACAACCGGAAUUAAUCACCGGGAUAAAUGAUACCAUGAAAAAAUCUCAUACUACACCAAGCAGCAGUAGUAGUAGCAAUGAAUAUUCGAAUGAUUGGUUAAAUGGAAUUAUCGAAUGGUUAUUCAGUAAUAUGAAUCGUAUACCGGAUAUUCUUCAAGCUUGGAUAAUUGCUAUGAAUGAAGCUGCAAAAAAAAUUUCCACACCUGGAAAAUUUGAAGUAUUAUUCGAAGGUUUUAGCGAUAAGAGGACAGUUAGAAAAGCGCCUCGUAUUACUGAUAUUCGUUAUCAACAAUUACCUAAUAAUCAUCUGAUUUUAAAAGGUAAAAUUAAUAUACCGGAAAUAAAUGUGAAACUGAUGAGUUCACAACGAACGGCCGAUCAAUUGUUAGUUACAAAUUUCGAUGCAAGAAUUAUCGACUUAUAUGGCGAAAUAGAAUUACGCUUAGCAUGUAUCGCUAAUCAAAUCUAUAUGAUGGCAAGCUUUUGUGGACGACCUGAAUUAGAUAUAGAAUUGAUAAACAGAGAUCCUGUUUCGAGUGAAGCGGUUUCCAGUACGAUGGUAGAUGAAAUGAUACGUAAAUGCCUUCUUUCUGCCGUUACUAAUGUAUCAUUAUCGGAAUUCGGUGGACAAUGUGGUAGAAUGGCAACUAAUAUAAUAUCACCUAAUACAUUCCCAACAAUUUCGCGUGUAAUGACAACAAAGACCAAUGGAUCAGGUAUGAUCGAUAGUACCGGUAAUUUGGCUACAGUACCACUAACACAUGAAAUGAUGGAACGAAUGAAUCAAACACCAACAACGGUAUAUAUAUGA